GGACCGCUUUGAAUAAUAUCCAGACUCAUAUCGGUGUAUGCCCCAAUCGAGCUCAUCUGGAGCGGUAUAUACAUCCGGAUAAAUUACCGCCAGCGGAGCCUCGAGCCAUGGAAUUCAAUAUCGAGUCUACUGAGGAUUGGGAUGCCGAGCCGCCGGUGGAGUCCUAUAAUCCGCAGGCUUAUUGCGAGUCCAACUUUGUGAUUCGGAAUCCGCAAGGAGCUCCGCCAUCAGCUCGUCGUGAGUUUCGCGAACGUGAACGCCGUCGCUUUCAGGAGCACUCCAAAUUUUAAAAGUAUAGAAAAAAGCCAACGUUUGCUAGUUGCCAUGCUGCAAAACAUGAAGUCCAAGAGGCGCCACAUUUCUUUGAAUUUUGUCAUUUAUUCCUAAAUACAUAAUGACCUAGAAACUAAUCUUUUUGUUUAAUCAUUGCACACAAACUAGUACAUACAACUUAUAUACUCGUUAAGAAACACAAACUUAUUAUAUUUAGUUUAGAAAUAAGCUCAUUUGACUUCAAUAUAAAAUUGAAAACG